AUGGUUGAUACACCAUCAACAAAGAUCUUCUCUGGACUGACAGCGUGGUUUUCAUCCAGUGUCAAAGAUACUAGGAGAACAGCAUGGAAAAGUAAUGGUGGUACAGAAGAAGAGAUAGGCAAAGCCAUGUUUGUGUUUAGUGAAAACAGAACAGCUGAAGAUACAAAAAAAGUGUUUACGAGUGACAUGUAUCUUCGGUACAGUGUAGCUGUAUUUGACGCUUGUUACAUUGAUGACUGUUUGACAUCUGGUGACCUUAUGAAUGUAGCUAUAGGGAGAUUUUGUUUAUAUCCUGAUGAUUUCCAGCAAGAUUUUGACAAAGAAGAAGAUAAUAACAAACAGACGAAACUCACUGCAGCUCGACCACCGCACAAGGCAGACUUAGCUAAAGGAGAUUGCACUCCGAUAAUCACUGGAAAUACUUGUAGGGGCAGAAAAAGAACUUUGCUCUUUAACUCAACAUCGCCUCCUCAAAGUUUGUCACAAGGACAAGGUGACUCAGUGUUAAUGACGUGUAACAGUGAGUUGUUGUCAAAACUGAACUCUGGAGAAAUUCAUAUCUCAGACCUCCCUCAAGUAAGUGGCAGCAUUGAGGAAUUGACCACUGAUAAAAGAAAUUUUGAGGUCACCAUGCUACCUAACCUCGAACCUGCCGAUCUUGGUCGAGUUAUAAAAUGGAUGAAAAAGUCGCAAGGUGUUCCAAUGUAAGAAGAAAGGGAAACGAAUAAAAUUAGUGUGCUACUUCUAAAUACGAUGUUGUUCAAUAAUAACCUUGAAUUAUUUCGUAUUCGAAAAUAAUAUUAAUAAUAACGAGAACGACUCUUCUGUAUCAGGUUGUGCUGUUGUUUAUUGUUUUGUUUCAUUAGGUAAAUAACCACUGUGAACUCAAUUUAGUGGAGUUUAUAUACUUAAUAAAGUACGAGUAAAACUGGAAGUUACAUUAUAUGAGAAAUAUCGCCUUGAAGCUUAUCAAGUAC